UCACACUUCGCUAUCUGUUUCUCCCCCUCUUCUUCUUUCUGUUAUAAAAGGCCACCCCAUCUCUCUUAGCUAGAUGUCACUCCCACUACUAAUCAUAGCACAAGCCAAGCUUUAUCAACAUGGGCUCUCAUGGCUUGGCAUGUGCUAUGAUCUCCGUCCUCCUCCUCCUUGUCUUCCAAUUGGAGCUCAUCGAAGCUCGUGUCUUGUACCGGCAAGAGCUCCAAACGAUCGACCAUGUCGACACCGCCGUUCCACCACAGGAGAUGGCCGGGGCAUGCACUUCAGUUAUCAUCCCACGAGGCUACAAAUGUGAAGAACAUGAGGUGACAACAGAAGAUGGAUACAUACUCAGCAUGCAGAGGAUCCCAGUGGGUAGAAUUGGAGGUGGUGAAGGGAGGAGGAAGCCUGUACUGCUACAACAUGGGGUACUCAUGGACGGCGCGACAUGGAUACUAAACCCUCCUGAAGAAUCACUUGCAUACAUUUUAGCUGACAAUGGAUUUGAUGUAUGGAUUGCAAACACUAGGGGAACUAAGUGGAGCCGUCGCCAUGUUUCCCUUGCUCCAUCCAACCCGGCAUACUGGCAUUGGUCUUGGGAUGAGCUGGUCACUCAUGAUCUCCCUGCUACUUUCGAUUUUGUGUAUCAGCAGACUGGCCAGAAGUUGCAUUAUGUUGGUCAUUCCUUGGGCACUCUAAUUGCACUAGCAUCAUUCUCUGAAGGCAAGUUAGUGGAUAAGCUAAUGUCAGCAGCACUGCUAAGCCCAGUGGCCUAUCUGUCUCACAUGACAACCCCACUAGGUAUUCUUGGAGCUAGAGCUUUUGUAGACCAAAUAGUUAAAUGGCUUGGAGUGGCAGAGUUCAAUCCCAGAGGACCACAAGUGGCACAAUUUUUGGAGACACUCUGCCGUGAACCAGGAGUGGAUUGCUACAAUCUUCUGCAAUCCAUUACAGGGAACAAUUGCUGCCUUAAUACCUCCACCGUCGAGCUGUUCUUGCAGUAUGAACCGCAAUCCACAGCAACAAGGACCAUGGUGCACCUGGCACAAACUUUUCGAGAGGGCAUCCUCACAAAGUACAACUUCGAGAACCGAGAAAUUAACAUUGAAAAUUAUGGGCAGAGCGCUCCUCCAAUCUACAACAUGUCAAACAUUCCAAACAAUCUGCCUCUAUUCCUCAGCUAUGGUGGCCGUGACUCGCUCGCCGAUGUUCGUGAUGUUGAGCUCUUGUUGGAUAAUCUCAAGUUUCAUGAUGGAGAUAAGCUGACUGUUCAAUUUGUGGAGAACUAUGCCCAUGCUGACUUUGUCAUGGCAAUUAAUGCUGCACAAAUUGUAUAUUCUGCAGUCAUGGCAUUCUUCAAUCGCCAGUAAGAACCAAUAUUUGUUGCAUCGAGGGAGUCGAUAAAGUCAUGACGCAAGAUAAUAAUCCUAGUCUCUAAAUGGAGGGAUGGUAUCGUGUGCCAAAGUGUACCAGAAAAAAUUCUGUCUGAAAUGGGAUCUCCCUGCAACCAGAUAGAAAGUUAUAAUGUUACAGUGUAAUAAUGGUCGUAUUACAAGAUUCAUAGCUCUCCUCCCUGAAAUGGAACUUAUUAUAUUAAUGGCCUAUUCAAAUAU